GUGGGAGAGCGGCGCUGAGGCCGGCAGUGCUCUCUGCUCUCCUUGGCAUCACUUUGCCGUGGCCGAGCUGUUCUAACAAGUGGCUGGAGCCGCACUUCAGAGCCUGCCGGGGCUCGGUUCAGCGCGGUGCCCCUGCCCGGGGGCUCCGGUCGCUGCCUGCAGCCUCCGCUCGCGCCGGGCUGCACGGGGAAAUAACGGUGACAUGUCUUGAAUGAUUAAGUAUUCCCUGGAUUGUAUUAGCACAUGCUGCCUACCCGCUGCCUGUGUCUGCCUGGUCUUAGCAGCAUUCAGAGGAGGCAGAGGCAGGGUUAUUUGACAGCUGUAUUUGUGCUGAUAAGCGAAGGCACAAGGAGACGAUCGACUAGUGAGACAAGCGGGAAGCAGCAGCUGGGAGCUCCAGAGAAGGGCUGCGCUUGCCUUGCCGGGUGAGGUGUCCUGCCCCAGAGGAGGUCCCCCGUGCCCGUCCCCGGUUCUGGCCGGGUCCCCACGCCGGGGGCUAGCUCGCUGGCUGGGCACGGUGGGCGCGCCGGCCGCUCUGGGCAGAUGCCGAUUGAGAUCGUGUGUAAAAUUAAAUUUGCUGAGGAGGAUGAGAAGCAGAAGGAGGAAGAGGAAGGGGACAAGGAGAGUCUGAUCGAGGAGCCCAGCCGCCCAUGCGCCCACGACCUGGCCACCUUCGCUGGCACCAGCACCCUGCACGGCCUUGGCCACAUCUGCGGGUCAGGGCGCCUGGGCGUCCGGCAGACCCUGUGGGCAUUCGCCUUCCUGCUCUCACUGGCCUUCUUCCUGUCGCAGGCUGCCCGCUCGGCGCUGCUCUACCUGGAGCGCCCACACCUCACGGCACUGGACGAGGAGGCCGCCCGCGAGAUGCUCUUCCCUGCCGUCACCAUCUGCAACAUCAACCGCUUCCGCCACUCCGCGCUCUUCGACGCCGACAUCUUCCACCUGGCCAACAUGACCGGGCUGCCCCCCAAGGACCGCCAGGGGCACAGGGCAGCCGACCUGCUCUACCCCGACCCGGACAUGGCCGACAUCCUCAACCGCACUGGCCACCAGCUCGAUGACAUGCUCCAGAGCUGCAACUUCAGCGGCGAGAAGUGCUCCCCCCGGAACUUCACCGUGGUGAGUCCCGGCCCUGCCAGAGGCGCCUGCUCCGGGUGCCGGCACCUGGUGCUCCAGCUCUGUCUGUUCGAGUUUCCCUCAGGUUCCCCGAGGGAGAGCCCUUCCCAGAGCUCUGUGCAGGGCUGAGCUAUGCUGGGGCAGGGCUCCGGGCCCCCGGACGGAGGGACUUGCCGAGCCGGUGCUGGGGGGAGCCGAGGGCUUGCUGGAUGCUUUGGGAAGUUGCCAUUUGUUGCCUUGCUCUGGCCUGUGAGACCCUGCUCAGGGCCUGGUGGUUCUCUGGCUGGCCAGGCUGAGGCCGCCGGGCAGCAGGGGGGAGCCCCCAGCACCGAGGUGGCAGGGGGUCCGCGAGGAGAGACACCAGUGGGGUGCCAGGUGCCUGAGCAGCUGCUGCUCCCAACGUGCCUGCGUCUCCCCCGGGAGCCUGCCCGGCCCUGGGCUGGUCCCUUCCAUGCCGGGGCCCGAGGGCCCGGGAUGCUCCCGAUGCUGGUCCAGGCAGCGAGGCCCCAGCCGGGCUAGUGUGGGUGCCUGACGUCCCAAAUACCCGCUGCGCUUUGGGGAAAUCAAUGUGGUGAGCGGGUGGAAUACCUGAUGGGACCUUUGCCCCCUGUAAUGACUCUGGAAAUGAGCUGCUUCCCUCCUGCGGCUGCCAUGCGGCCUGAUUCCUCGUGCCUGGAGCAGCGCUGCCUGUGCCUGGCUCGGGGAGGGGAGGCUGCAGGCACUGGGGGGCAGGGCAGCGGGUCUAACCCAGCAGCACGAGGCGAGAGCUGGCCAGGGGAGAUGCCAU